UGGGAAACGCGGUCAUAAACUGACGCGCUCUAGAACAGAAGACCAUUACUAGGCGCGUGGCUUGCAUGGAGAUGUCUGCUUUAUACCUCGCUUUGCUGCUGUUCUCGGAGCAUGUUAUCGACGGGAUAACCAGAUCUUAUGAAGGGACUGAGUUAGUGACAACACCGACCGUCACCUCCCGGUUACCGGAGCGAUGGCGGCGGCGGGACAAGCGGGGCUUGUUGGAGUUGGCGGGCGUCGUUAAAUGCAGCACUGAGAGGUCGGCGGUGGCUUACAUCAUGUAUGGAUGUUACUGCGGGCUGGGAGGCCAGGGAUGGCCCCGAGACAAGGCUGACUGGUGCUGUCACAAGCAUGACUGUUGCUAUGGGAAGGCUGAGGAUCUGGGUUGUCAGACCAAGACGGACAAGUACCAGUGGACCUGUGAGAACAAGAUGUCCAACUGCGAGUCCCUCAAGAACAGGUGUGACAAGAUUCUGUGCAGGUGUGACCGGGAGGCAGCCAGGUGUCUGAGGAGAGCUCCCUUCAUCCUUAAAUACGCUGUCUGGCCUGACUUCAUGUGUGGAUACGAACAGCCCUCCUGUACCCGUCGCUGAUGCUGUUACACUGUGUGUGUGUGUGAGAGACUAGAGUUCUCUCAGGUUUGUCCUGGCUAGUGGUGUGUGUAUAAUAAAGACCUACAGUACUUGACUGUACCCACUGCUCAUGUGAUUCAUGGGUCUGAUUAACAGUGUGAUUUUAUCACCAUGACAGACCUGGUGGGGGUGUACCAUUAAGUCCAUGACUGAGGUCUCAAACAGCAGCUCUAUAAACAGGUUGUAGACUGACAUUUUCAAUGUACAAAGAAAACAGUAAGGACAUUAUUCUAAUGGCGUGUGUGUGUUAGAAUCCCACAGCAAUAUGACGACAUUGCUCCAAAACAAAGCCAUCAAAUUGUUGGCGUGUGCAUGUUAGAAUCUAAUGGCGUGAUUUCAUCUGUAGGCCUAAAAGAAAAAUACAAUAAUCUCAUUUCAUCUGUAGGAAAAAUCUUUGGAACAAACAAAGUUUCAUCCCAUUCUUAAAAUAAAAAUAAAAGUAUUUUAUUAAUUUGUUUGUUUGCUAAGUCUAAGAAACCAUAACAACCCAGCAUCAGAGGGAAUCAGUCAAAUGAAAUGUUGUUUGUCACAUUCACAUAUUUAGCAGAUGUUAUUGCGGGUGUAGCAA